AUGCCAGCAGGGUCUGCCAGGAGUGGUGUCAUUUGUCAUCGUUGUAAUCAUCUGGGUCACUACAAGUCAGAGUGUCCACAGACAUCGAUUAAUUCUGGGGCUUGUUUUGGUUGUGGCCAACAAGGCCAUAAGGUUAAGAAUUGUCCUAAUCAGGGAGCAGGCACCGGUAGUGGUAGAGGGUCACAGCAGAGGCCGUCACAGACUGCUACGGUUCAGUCAGGUUUCAGACCACCACCAUCACAGUCUGCCAUGUCCUCUCAGGGUUCAAGGCCAGUUAGGAAGGAUACUCCUACUAUGUCAUAUUAUCUGGGCAAGGCAAAUGUGGUAGCAGAUGCCUUAAGCCGAAAAUCUCGUGGGACUCUGGCCUGUUUGGCUAUUCAGAAGUAG